AUGCCGUCCAUGUCAUCCUUAUCGGUUUUCCAUGGCCUUCAAUCAUGCCUAGAUUCCCAAACUAAUCCAGACGAUAUAAUAAAGCCGCAGCAGCUCCACAGAUCGUCUCGCCCUGUUUGGGUUUUCGCUGAGAACCAAGGCUCUGAAGAAAACAGAGCAAGCUUCCAUGGCUUAAAAUCUGUCAAUUUUCUCAACAAUCCAGUAAUGGAUAUUGCUCCUCCGCUUCCGGCGAUCUACGCGAAGCAAACGCUUAGUACAAAUAGCAAUCUUGAUAUGUGCACUGAGACUCUUGGGUGCGAGACUGGGGCAAUGUGCUCUGGUUAUGAACUCGAAAUAGGUUCUUUGAAGAAGAGGAAGAAGAAGAAGAAGAAGAAGAACCCAACGCCGCCGGAGUUUCCGCCUCCACUGACGACGCUUAGCGGUGAAGGGCGACUGCGGCUCGGGAGAAAGAGGGAGAAAGGGAGGCUUCUGCUUAUUCCUUUCAAGCCUUUUGCUGUUGAAUCUGAGAGGUCUGGUGGACGUCUCCGGCUUCGGAUUCUGCCGGAGAAAAAGAUGGAGGGAGGAGGAGGGGAAGAUGAAGAUGGACUUGAUGAGAAGGGAUGUUUUGGUAACGGUGGUGGAGGAAAGUAUAGGAGGUCUGGGAGGUGCAAGGAGGGGGAAGGCGGAGGGGCGGGGAGGAAGAAGAUUGCUCCGGCGGCCAUUUUUAUCUGCGAUUCUUUCUUGGUGGCUAGCUCUUGA